ACUACCCGGCGGCGCACGCAGACAUGGCUGCGCUGGUAGGGAGAGGUGUGCGGGACAUGCUGAAGCGUGCGGACUUCAUGACAGUCCCGCGGAGACAACGACAUAAGAAGAAAUGGGCUGCCACAGAGCCCAAAUUUCCUGCCACUCGACUGGCUCUGCAGAAUUUUGACAUGACCUACAGUGUGCAAUUUGGGGAUCUUUGGCCAUCGAUCCGGGUCAGUCUCCUCUCAGAGCAGAAGUAUGGUGCACUGGUCAAUAACUUUGCUGCCUGGGAUCGUGUGAGUGCUGAGCUGGAGCAGCUGAAUGCAAGGGACUUCGUGAAUGAAGCUAUCUUCCACGGGGAACCAGAACCUGAGAAUGGCCAAACUGCAGCUCCACCCCCUGCCUCCUGGGCCUGCAGUCCAAACCUUCGAUGCUUCACUUUCGCCAGAGGGGAUGUCAGCCGUUUCCCUCCUGCCAGGCUUGGCAGCCUGGGUGUCAUGGAUUACUACCUGAUGGAUGCUGCCUCCUUGCUGCCUGUCCUGGCCCUCGGCCUGCAGCCUGGUGACACUGUGCUUGACCUGUGUGCCGCCCCUGGGGGAAAGACACUAGCAUUGCUUCAGACUGGCUGUUGCCGCAAUCUCGCUGCCAAUGAUCUCUCCACUUCACGAGCAGGCAGACUACAGAAGGUCCUUCACAGCUAUGUGCCUCAAGAUGUCAGGGAUAGGAAUCGAGUUCGAGUCACAUCAUGGGAUGGAAGGAAGUGGGGAGAACUGGAGGGGGACAUCUAUGACCGGGUGCUGGUGGAUGUGCCCUGUACAACAGACCGCCACUCCCUUCAUGAGGAGGAGAACAACAUCUUUAAGCGUUCAAGGAAGAAGGAGCGGCAGAUGUUGCCUAUGCUGCAGGUGCAGCUUCUUGCGGCUGGACUCCUUGCCACCAAACCAGGAGGCCACGUUGUCUAUUCCACCUGCUCACUCUCACACUUACAGAAUGAGUAUGUGGUGCAAGGCACCAUCGAGCUCCUGGCCAAUCAAUACGACAUCAAGGUUCACGUGGAAGACCUGACUCACUUCCGAAAGCUUUUCAUGGACACAUUUUCUUUCUUCCCAUCCUGCCAGGUUGGGGAGCUGGUAAUCCCAAACCUCAUGGCCAAUUUUGGGCCUAUGUACUUUUGCAAAAUGUGUAGAAUGACGUAGCAUUACCCUGUUCCUGAAGUCCUGUUGUAAGAAGACAAAGGGUGUACUCUUGUGGAGACGAGUGCCAGAGAUGCACUCUGGCCUAUCUCCAUCCCAUUCAUGUCUUUCUGUAGACAGUUUUCAGCAGUAGGAAGUAAGAGUUUUUCUGUCCUGUUGUCCAAUUGUGGAGUAUCAGCACGUUUCUAACUCACUUACACCCCACUUCCAACCCCUACUCCCCAUCUCUGAGCCUGUGCUAAAGGUUCCUGCCCCAUUAGGGGCUUAGGAGGAGGAACCAGUGAGCAGGGCCACUCUUUAAGCUGUAAACUUGGGAAGAAGCAUUUAGCCAAUAAAAUUGUUGAAGCUA